AUGGUCAUGUGCCGGCGGAGCAGGGCGGCCCCGCAGGGAGGAAUUCCAACAGAAAUGCUGAAUCGUAAAAAGAUUCACACUGCUAGCUCUGGUGCUGGGGGAAUGCUGCAUCCGCUUCCUUCUUACCCCCUGGAACUCGGCUCUGGCAUAUGGGAAGGGUGGAGCUCAAACAACCAAACUUGUCAGGUUAAUGAUGCUGCCUGGGUUGCGUGGGCAGCCUGGACAAAAGGGGGAGUCAGUUUGAAGUUGUCCGGCUUGAUUUGUUCAAACAUUGCAAACAGAAGGGUUUUAGGGUCCGUAGUCGGCUUUGCCAUUGGAAACAAACUCCUUGGGGCACUAUGCAGUGGGUGGUAUGUUUGA